UCCCAGGAGCGCAGUUAGUGUGGGAGCGGCUGCCGCCCACCUCGGGGAAAAGGGGGUGGGAAAGAGGGGGAGCCGUGCGCCUCCCCCACGCCAGGUCCCUGGGGAGUGAGGCUGCAGCUGGGGGUUCUGCCGCUUGGGUCUCGCUUGGAAGCGCCUGGGGCAAGGAAAGUUUUCGGCUUCUUCUCUUUCCCCGCUUCUUCCUUCCCUUCUUUUUACCUUCUCUGGUGGCACGAUGACGGCGUCCCCCGACUACCUGGUGAUUCUCUUCGUGACCACGGCGGGCACCAACGGGGCAAGGUUGGGCUCAGACGAGCGAGAGCUGCUCCAGCUCCUGUGGAAAGUGGUCGACCUGAGGAGUAAGGAGCUGGGGCACCUGCAUGACGUGCUGGUCCGGCCUGACCACACAGAACUGACGGCUGAGUGCCAGGAGAUCACCCAAGUGGAUGUGGAGAGCCUGGCACUGGCUCCACCGCUGGAGCAGGCAUUGAGACAGUUUAAUCAGUCCGUGAGCAAUGAACUGAACAUUGGUGUAGGUACUUCUUUCUGUUUCUGUACUGAUGGACAGUUGCACAUUAGGCAGGUUCUACACCCUGAAGCUUCCAAAAAGAAUAUUUUACUGCCUGAAUGCUUCUACUCCUUUUUUGACUUACGGAAAGAGUUCAAGAAGUGUUGCCCUGGCUCACCAGAAGUUAGCAAACUCGAUGUUGCAGCCAUGACAGAAUAUUUAAAUCUUGACAAGAACAGUCCAGCACUUCCCUAUGGAGCCUCUCAAGUUGAAGAUAUGGGGAAUAUAAUUUUAAAAUUAAUAUCUGAACCAUACAAUCACCGAUUUUCAGAUCCAGAAAGGGUGAACUACAAAUUUGAAAGUGGGCCUUGCAGCAAGAUGGAACUUGUGGAUGACAAUGCUGUUAUCCGAGCAAGAGGAUUGCCGUGGCAGUCAUCUGACCAGGACAUAGCGAGAUUCUUCAAAGGUUUAAACAUUGCCAAAGGAGGUGCUGCACUCUGUCUCAAUGCCCAAGGUAGGAGGAAUGGGGAGGCUCUUGUGAGAUUCGUAAGCGAAGAGCAUAGAGAUCUAGCACUACAAAGGCACAAGCAUCACAUGGGGAACAGAUACAUAGAGGUUUACAAGGCAACAGGUGAAGACUUCCUUAAAAUUGCAGGAGGUACUUCCAAUGAGGUUGCACAGUUCUUGUCAAAAGAAAACCAAGUGAUUGUCAGGAUGCGAGGUCUUCCUUUCAAUGUAACAACAGAAGAAGUGCUGACUUUCUUUGGCCAGCACUGCCCUGUAACAGGCGGAAAGGAGGGAGUCCUGUUUGUCACCUACCCUGACAGCAGGCCAACAGGGGAUGCCUUUGUCUUGUUUGCUUGUGAGGAAUAUGCACAAAAUGCACUGAAAAAGCACAAGGAUUUGCUGGGGAAAAGGUACAUUGAACUCUUCCGGAGCACUGCAGCAGAAGUUCAGCAGGUGCUGAACAGGUACUCCUCCACACCUCUCAUUCCUCUCCCAACACCUCCAAUUCUUCCAGUAUUACCUCAACAAUUUGUGCCUCCCACUAACAUCAGAGACUGCAUACGUUUGCGUGGUCUUCCCUAUGCUGCUACUAUAGAGGACAUUCUGGAGUUCCUGGGAGAGUUUUCUACAGAUAUUCGGACCCAUGGAGUUCACAUGGUACUAAACCACCAGGGACGUCCAUCGGGAGAUGCUUUCAUUCAGAUGAAAUCUGCUGAUCGAGCUUUCCUGGCUGCACAGAAGUGUCAUAAGAAGACUAUGAAGGACAGAUAUGUUGAAGUCUUUCAAUGUUCUGCUGAAGAGAUGAACUUUGUAUUAAUGGGGGGCACUUUAAAUCGAAAUGGCUUGUCCCCGCCACCAUGUAAGUUACCAUGCCUUUCACCCCCUGCCUACUCCUUUCCAGCUCCUGCUGCAGUUGUGCCAACAGAAGCUGCUCUCUAUCAGCCAUCCAUGCUUCUGAACCCACGAGCACUCCAGCCCUCCACAGCCUACUACCCUGCUGGGGCUCAGCUCUUCAUGAACUACACAGCAUAUUAUCCCAGGUAAAGCAGAGGAGAACUCAAGCACCAAAGAAGAAGUCUUUUUUUUUUUAUUUUUUAUUGUCCCCAGAAAAUGCAUAAAAUUCACAAAAGAACAUUGUCUGCUCUGCUAAGGACUUGUGAUACCAAGAACACCUUGUUUGGUAUCUUGUUCAGGGAAACAAUUUCAGGAUAACUAGGGAUUUUCCAAGUUUUAUGGUAUUGCAGGUAGCAAUGUUUGGGGGACAGGGAGGCUGGUUAGUGUUUCUUUGUUUUUUGGUUUUUUUUUAACCUAGGACACACAUUUCAGUCCUAGGGAUAUUUUUUAUUAUUUUUGUUUCACCUAACAUUCCUCUAAAACUUACUAGUUUUCUUUGUUAUGCCCUCAGUGGGAAUUGACAUGUGCAGUACUCUUUCCCAUGUCCACAAAGAAGCCCUUGGCCCCUCUUUAGAAUGGAUGGGCUGGGGUCUGCCUUAGCAACUUCUGAAAUACUGCCUCUUUGUGUUUGUAACAAAGUAAAUUUUGACCUUUAUGAUGAAAACUGUUUACUUCUAUGACUACUAUUGUAUUGAAUGCAUAUGUAAAGCAUAUAGAGGCAUGUGUUCUUCCUGUCCUCAUCAAAACCUCUCACAAAGGGCUUUUGGUUUUUCUGGAUGUAUUAGCUAUCUGCUACAGAACAAAAUCUCUGGAUACCUGUUGCCCUCUGCAGUCAUGAGGCCUUGGAAGGAGCCAUGUUCCCUUUAAGCCAUAAACCAUUUCUCUGGUAGGAAAUCUGCUGGACAACUUGAGUUUAUCUCUGCAGCAGGGACCAAAGAGCUACUUAGGAAGCUGUUAAGCAAUAUGAGCACUUCAAUACCUGUAAGAUAACAAAGGUUUUCUUAUUACUUUAUCUAUAUGUCUGUGAAAUGACUGUUGUGGUUUUUUAUUAAAAUGUUUCCUUCACUCAUGAGUUACUUUCUAUAAUGCCUUCAAUAUCUGUUUUAUGGUUAUGAUAUUAUCAAACUCAGCCUUGUUAAUGUAAGAUUAAGAAAAAUAAAAUUCCAAACUUGCACUGGCAAUAUAAAACAAGGUUCUCAGUAACGGUUCUAUAUUUCAUGAAAACAUAGUAGCAGUAAUAGUCUGUGGUUACUAAUAUAUUUUACUUCUUAAGAAUAGACUGGCCACUGCAGGCUAAAUGUCGUGUCCUAGUGAUUUCUCACUGAAUGAGUUCCCAUGUGAGUUUCAUCACUGGCUGCUUGGCUGUGGGCAUAUAUGUUGGUCACAGACAGAUCAAUCCCAAGCCCCAAAAUAUCCAUUUUAUUUUCUUGUUUAACUGGCAGUUGUUCACUGUUUUUAGGAAACCAUUACUACAUAGUUUCUCUGCCAAUUACAAAUACUGCUCUUUUAAAGAAAAUAAGGAAAAAUUUCUGGACUCAAGUUGGCUUCUUUGUUAUGAAAUUUGGUGUUUAGGUAUCGCUUUUCCACCCAGAAUGUUUAUCUACAGACAAUUUGUAUGUACUCCAAUAGAUGUAGUGAUUCUUUGUAGAGAAUGUUUUUGGC